UUUUUUUUUUAUCUUUUUCAUCAUCCCCCAGAACCCUUUUUUUUCAUCCCUCAUGUUCGCAUCCGCCUACCCAAAGCUCCGCUCGUGGCUCGCCUCGGUCGCUUCGCCAUCUUCAACCCAUGCCUCCGGAAUGCUCAUCCUCCUCGGCAUCCUCGCCGCCGUGACCGAGGCCUCUGUCAAAGAGCCCAUCCGCGUACACCAUCCCAAAGUCCACCCCGCCUCGUCAUCCAGACUCCCCAGUGAAGGCACCGCAGAAGAAGCCGAGGCGAAAGCGUUGAACAGCCAGGAAAUGUUAUACUACGUUGCCAUGGGCAUGCUGGUCUCCCAGGGUUUGAUCCGUCUCCUGACAUUUAUCUCGAACCGGCGUGAGGCCGCCGCUACUGGCGCCGCCAAGAAGGACGAUGAUCUUCGGAGAGGAAAGAACUCGAACGGGGACGAUGACUUGGAUGAUCUGGAGGAGAAGAGGCGGAGGGCGGAACAUUUGGCAGCCUUGGGAGAUAAUGCCUCGUUGUUGGGCUCGGAUUCUGAAGAUGAGGAUUAUGAGGAGGAGAGUGAGAGCGAGAGCGAGAGUGAGGAUGAAGAGGAGGAGGACGAGAGCGAGAACGAGAGCGAAAUUGAGAGUCGUCGUCAUGUCCUUAUUGCGGGCGAUGCCGUGAUUGAGGAGUAGAAGGAAGGAAGGAAGGAAGGGAAAGGAAAAACCAAAGAGAAUAAAGGACACCGACCAUCAUCACUGCGCCCGCCGUUUUCGACGCCAAGAGAAAUGUCGGGAGGAGUUGUAAGGAGGAGGAGGGGGGGUGGUACCAUCAACAGACAACAAAUUACGACGAUAAACAAAACUCAACACCAUUCCUCGUUCAUUCGACUUUUGAAGGAGACAGGCAAAGUCGGUCGCCCUGAUUUUUUUUUCAGCUGUUCUUCUUCACAAGGAGUUUCCAGCAAAAAAAAACAACAACAACAAAAAGCCUAGGAAUGAGGCCUAUCAUACAAGCCCUGUCUAGCAAACAUGAUAUACAUCCAAACACAGACAUCCCACACACACCCAUAGGCAAUAAUAAAUUCGUCGUCCGUUCAAGUUUUUA